AUGCCCGAAUUGGUCCUUGUAGAUUCAAAUGAUCGUUAUGUUGAUGCAAGAAUGCCUAAUGACAAUAAUACAAAGAUGAGUAUAUCAACACUCUGUUUAAAUGAUGGUGAUGAAGACGACAAGGAUACAGCUACUAUUGAUCAUCAAGUCAUUUCUCUUCCCAAUCCUUUCAACAACAACAACAUAUCAACAACAAAUAAUAGUGUUUUUGAUUUGGUUACUACAGAUGAAUCAAAGAAACCAAAUGAUCAAGAUAUAUUAGAUUUGGUACACAAGCUGUGUACAAACAUAAAAGUUAAUAGUUCUACUCUAUUGAUACAGUAUUUUGCAGUCAGAAAAGGUUAUAAUAACAAGAUGGUGAAUCAAAGCUGCCUACUCCCCUUUUUAAGCAAUGAAACAAAGAUUGAAAUACGAUCAUUGAUACUUGAUACUUUUGAAAAGCAACAAGUCCCAUUAACAAAAUUAAAAAAGGUGAUAGAGUUGCUGUUAACAAAUGGUUACAAACAAGACAGUAAAGAUGAAGAGAUAUUUAGAUUUGGUAUUAUUAAAUGGUUUAAUAGUAUUACAAAAUCAAACAAGUUGAUAUCAACAUCUAUUAUUGACUCUGUAUUGGUUGCACUAUCAAAGAUUAAACAACCUUGUCAUUCAACGUUGGUAUUUGAAACAUUGGAUACUAUUUAUAAUCUACUUUUUAAAAGUGCAUAUUUGGGAGAAAGAGAGAUUUUAAUGUUCUUGUCAAUCUUUAAACAUUAUCAAUUUAAAGAUAAUGAACAACAAGUACAACUCAAACAAGAUAUUACAAAUAGUAUUUAUAAACAUAUGAUGGAUCAAUCACAUCUAUUGGAAAACAAAGAGUUUCAAUUAUUUUUCAAACAAACCAUUGGUAUUCUAUUUCAAAGUGCAUACGAUGGUGAUUAUUUUAUUCCACAACAAAUGGAGCAAGAUUAUGAUCGCUUCAUAGUUGAUUGGAACUAUGGAAAAGAUCAAUACGAACAGCGCCAUCAGAUUAGACGAAAAUCAAGAUUUGAAUUUCUUAAACGUACUAAAUUGACCAAUCAUACAAUAUGUACCAUCAUUUUAGAUUACCUCAAAGAAUUAUUAAAUGAAACUCCAACACCACCAACUUGGAAAGAGAAAUUAAUUGUACUUGGUGUAUUAAAUCUUGUUUCUUCUCAAUAUGAAAAGAAUAGUCCAUUUUUGAAUUCAAAUCUCCUUGAAAGUGAUGAAGAAGACCAAGACAAUGUACUUUUACAAUACGAGUUUCUUAGGAUUCUUUCACGAAUAUCUGAUUCCUCAUAUCAAUAUAUAUCAUCAUUUCGUAGGAUCGUAAACAAGAUUUGGAAGAGUAUCUUCAAUAACAAACAAAAAGAUCCUGUACAUCCUCGUAUAUUGUAUAAUCUUUGUGCUUAUCUAUCAGAUACAAACUAUAGAGUAUUGAAUCAAGAUUUGAUUGAUCAAGUAUUUGAAAUAUCAUUGAUAUCUGAUCAAAAUCCAUUCCUUGUCAAACAUUCACAAACAUUGUUACUAAAAAAUCCACACUUGGUUAGUGAACGAUUAGCACCAAUCUUUUUUGGUUUCUUGGAUACCCUUUGUCUGGGUGAAUCGGAAAUCAACAGUAUUAUCGGAUAUUUUGAAAGUUUGCAUACAAGUACCACAACAAAAACAAGGUUGACUACUAUAUUGUUAUCCAAACCACCUGCAUUGGUAGAGGUGUACCUAAUGAAUUGGGUAUUAGAUGGAUCAAUUGGUAAAAACGCCAACAUUUAUCUACCAGCAAUCAUAAAGGUCAUAACAACCAAACCAAUAGACGACUACGAUAAAGACCGAAUGUAUCGAUUGUGUAAUCAAUUUGCAGAUAAAAUAUAUCCAUAUGUAGAUCGUUUGAUUCCUUGGGCCAUUAAAUUAUACAACAAUGAAAACACUCAAGAUAGAGCAAAAUUGUUAAUAUGUUUAUUUUCAAUACACUCUCAAUUCCGACAAACAGAUCAAAAACAGCAACAAUCAAAGACCAAUCAGUUGUUUCAACAGCUACUAGAUUUAUUUACGAUUGAACAUGGCGAAAAUAGCGAUCGUAAAAUUAAAUCAGUCAAACGUUUGAUUAAACAUGCAAAACAAAAGGAUCAACUCCUCAAGUAUAGUAGAAACAAUCGUAGUGAUCGAUCACCUCCACAACAUGGAAUUCAAAUGAUCCACAACAUGAUCAGACAACAACUCGAUCCUCGACAAUUUGGAACACUUCAAAAUUACUCUGAUUUGAUUUAUCAAUUAAAAAAAACAACAACAACAUCAUUUGAUUAUGAUCAAAAUGAUUGUGACCAAUAUUUAGAAAUUGGAAUCUAUCAUGUCGAACAAAUGUUGGACAACAUUAAAAACAACAAUGCAUAUAUUUCAGAGUUGGUUUCAAGUAUAUCCUAUUUCCAUCAAUUGCUCCAAUCAACUCAAUUCUCAUGUCAAGCAAAUAAUAUAUGGUCCAAUCAUUUCAACAAAUAUCUAAUGGCAAAUAUUACAAAUCCAGAUACUUUACAAUCAUUAUUAUUCUUGACUCAACUAAAAAUAAACAAAUAA